AUGCGGGGAAGCGGCUUGAGUAUCGAGCGUUUCAUCAAGGGCAAGGCGCAGCGGUCUAAGAGCGAUGCCAAGAGCAAGAAGAAGGCGAUCAUCCACAAGGCACAGCGUCGGCGCCAAUACGAGAAGGUGAAGAAGCGAGAGGAGAGUGCAUCAACGGGUGGUGAUCGAGAAGCUGGUGCUGGGUCGUCGUUCUAUGACCGGUUCUUUAGCGAACUCGAAAGUGGCAAGGUGGACGAAGACGCAGAAGAGGUGGAAGCACGCGUCGAUAGGAAGCAGCAGGAGAGACAGGAGAGAAAGCACGUUGUGAAGCCCGAUCCCUUUUUUAAGGCCAAGAAGAAAGCAGCCAUUACCAAGAUGGAGAAACAGAAGGCUCGCGAGGAGAAACAGAAGCGGGUCGCGACUGCAGAGAAAAAGGUGACUCAGCGUAAGAAGCGCCAUGUGAAGUUGAGUCAGCGUACGGCAACGGGUCAACCCGUGGUGAAGAACCACAUCAACGAUAUUUUAUCGCGAUUGCAGGCGGAGAAGAAGAGGGAAGUCAAGUAAGGUGUACAGAGGUGUGAGGUACAUACUACAGUACUACUGCAUUCCCAGCGUUGUUGGGGACGACAGAUCUCGUGCAUCUCAGCGUUGCUGGGAGGCUGGGUCCAGCCUACUUGGAAGUAGCACAUUUAUUUAGCAAGCCAAAAUAUGUUAAUGCACUACCAAGUCUGAACGAGCUUGCUGAGC